GCACUUUGUAUUUGGACGACCAUCUUUGUUUGGGUUUGGCGUUUGGUUUGUGAGASAAAGAAAUCUGUUUCCAUCGGGUUAAAAAUCUACAUUUUCUAGGACUAAAAUAACUUCAAUACAAUUACAAAACAUUUUUGAACGUUUUUCUUCGAGUUUUUAUGAAAAUAUAUAACUUAUUUAGUCAAAAUAUGGUUCACAAGUUACGAAUUGCCGUUGUUUGUUCAAGCAACCAGAACCGAAGUAUGGAAGCUCAUAAUUUUCUAAGCAAGCGAGGGUUCAACGUGAAGUCGUAUGGAUCUGGAACUCACGUAAAAUUACCAGGAUCAGCGGCUGAUAAACCCAACAUUUACACAUUUGAUACACCAUAUCAGCAAAUGUACGAUGAAUUGCUGAAAAAAGACUAUGCUCUAUAUACACAAAAUGGCAUUUUACAUAUGCUGGAUAGAAACAGAAGAAUUAAGACACACCCAGAGAGAUUUCAAGAAGCAAGGGAGCAAUUUGACCUUAUCAUAACGGCUGAAGAAAGAGUAUUUGAUCAAGUCAUUGAACAUCUGGGCAGCUUUGAGCCAGAAACAUACACCCCUGUACAUGUCAUWAAUAUUGAUAUUCAAGACAAUCAUGAAGAAGCUACGCUGGGUGCUUUUCUUAUCUGUGACCUUUGUCAAGAUAUCGAAGACCUUGAUGAUAUUGAAAAUGAAAUAGAAGAUUUGUUACAACGAACUGAAAAAAAGACAAGUAGAAACUUACUGCAUACUGUAGCAUUCUAUUGAUGCCUUAUAAGGACAUUGACUCCUUAUAUAAAUAUUGGUAAUUUAACGGCAUGAAAUAGCUUUUGAUUCAAAUAUUAAGGUGUGCAUGCCAAAUAUGAAAGAUGUUGAAAACGUUUAGUAAUAUGUUGUAUAUGGUAAACACCAUGUUCUCCUUGAUGAUGUAUGGUGCACCAUGUUGUGUCAGGCUUGUCAUUAUAAUUACUAUAAUUAUGAAUCUGCUCUGUUCAUAUCUAGACUCUUUGCUUGGGCUGAUUGUUUAACGCAUUGAUGUAAAAGUGCAUUUCCACRAUAGCAAUGUUGACUAUUCGACUGUAAAGAGCAUUAAAUCCAUCGUUAUGAUCGCACUUAAACCGUGCAACUUUAAAAAGUCUAAGUAGUACUAAUUUGUACUAAAAGUGGRCCUGAAGCAAGACGGUAGAGUGAUCGCACUUCGCAAAUUAAAUUGAAUUGAUACAAAUGAAGCAAUCAAUACCGUCUUGCUUCAGGUCCACUUUUAGUACAAAUUAAUACUACUUAGAUUUUGUACAGUUGAACGGUUCACUCUAACCACUGAUGAUUCACUUUUUGUCCAGAUUUUCUUCUGAUUUGAUUGACCUCACAACUAUAAAUUGUUUAUUUUAUACAGUGUGAUAUUGGUAAUAUUUAUUAAGCUAGAGUGAACGCACUUAAUCCGUGCAACUGUACAAACUAAAUAGUGCUUUUUAGUUGUAUUUAAUAAAUCGUGCGUGCGGUACGUAAAUGAAAUUUAGUUGAUACAAAUGGAGCAUUCAAUACCGUCUUGCUUCAGGUCCACUUUUAGUACAAAUUUUAAUUUGUACCAAAAGUAUUAAAAUACUACUUAGAUUUUGAACAGUUGCACGGAUUAAGUGCGUUCACUCUACAAGCUCCGUGUGAACAAUAUAUCGAUUGCUGUCURAAGUUGACUGGCCGGCCUAGUCAUCUUCCCAAACUCUCUGGAGUUGCUGGGAACUCCUGGCCAUUCACGMUGCAAGUAGUAACAGAUAGUAAAACUCGUUAUUAUUGCUAUUAUAUUGGUAAUACAUUUAGUGUAUAUAGGUGAUAAUUAUUAUAAACAAUGUACAAAUCUACAAUAGAUAGGAUAGCUGAAUUAUGUGAAACAUUAUUAUUAUUUUUUUUAUAAAUAAAAUCACGUCUUUGCAACAUUGAA